AUGGCGAUGACCGUUAGAAACCUGGGUUUGCUGCUAGUGCUGCUGCUUUUCGCCAUCCAUCCGACACGGCCAAUUGUCACACCGUUCACCAUGGUGCCGGAAUGUGCCGCCGACGCACAGUUCGUGGUGCCCAAUUUCAAGGCAAACUGGUUCAAGGCGAUCGAGUACUGUCACUAUCUGGGCCGCUCGCUCGUGACCGUGUCAACGGAACAGCAGCAGCACGCAGUCGACCGGCUCCUAGAUCAGGCGGACCACUUCUCGCGCGAGCAAUCCUACUGGAGCGGGGCGAACGAUCUCGCCGACGACGACAACUUCCACUGGCACCGAACUGGCCAACCCGUGGCCAUCGGAUGGAGCAACUGGCGCGGUGAAGUGCCACUGCGUGACCCCUCCACGGAGUCCGAUGCGUUCAAGGUCCGGUGUGUCGCGUUGCUGCGCACGGCGGAAGUUGUCGAGGAGUUGCAACAGCAGCAGGAGCUCCCAGCCACACCGGCCGCCUCGUGGGCCUGGACGGUGGCCAAUUGCUGGCGGGAGUUGUACUUCAUCUGCGAACGUUCGUCCGGCCUGGGUUGUCGCUGA